AUGUCAACUAAAAACAUUAAUAAGUUGAAACUAAAUGCUCUUACAUCACCUGCUUCUUCAAAUAUAAGAAUCUCGAAAAAUACUACUUUAUAAAUGUCAUGUAAUGGAUUAAGUCCAAAAAUAUUAUCUAAAAGCCCUAAUUAUUCUUAAUACAUACCACAUUAAUUAUCUUAAAUUUAUUCUCCUCCUAAAGAAAAGCUAUCAUCUUUAAUUAAUAUCUCAUAAUCAGAGAGAUAUGUUUAUUCAUUUAGAAUUCCGACUUUAAGAAUAAAAGAGAAAUGCUUUUUUAAAAAGUAAUAACAAUAAAAAUUGGGAUAAAGUUCAUUAGAAAUUAAUCUCAAUACUAAUACAUCUUCUAUUUUUAUAUUCAGAGGGUCAAUUUAAGAAAUUAGUUAAUUAAAAGUAAUCUAAAUGACAAGAGCAGAACUACAAGCAAAAUCUACUUCUAUAUAUUAGGCUAGAUAAAACUUACUGUAAAAGAUACAAAAGAACCUAAAUGUUCCGAAAAGUUAUACUUUAUUAUCAUUAGGAAAUUAUGAAGCAAUCCAAUUUAUGGAAGAAAUUCCAAUAAAUUGUAAUAUUUUAUUUUUAAGUAAAACUGUAAAUUAAGAUUUUUGGAGUAUAAUCUUAAAUUAUCAUAAUUUUUAAUUUACAACCUAAAAAUUUAUAAGAAUCUUAACAAUCAUAAGUAAAAUAAAUGAUUUAAAUGAUCUAAUAAAAUUUAUUUAUGACAAAGACGUUUUUUAUACUUAUAUGGAGGUAAAAGAGAUGGUCUUGAAUGAAGAUUUAUUAUUAAUGAAAAGAAAUUCAAUAAUUAUGAAAGAUUUCUAUAAAAGUAUAAAUGUUUAUGAUCAAGAAAAAUAAUAAUUAAUAGAUGAGCCAGUAUCUUAAAAUUAUAUAGAAAAAAAGGAUUCUUAAAAAGAUGAAUAAGAUAAAGAAAUGAAAAAAGACUUUACUCUUUUAAAUCUUAAUCCUAACCCUAAUGAUUUUUAGCACAUUUUAGAAAAAGAAGGAUUAUUAAAUUCAUCCAUUAAAAGAGCUAAAAGUAGAUGUAAUCUUAUUUAUUAUUGCUUAGAUUUAAAGUUGCCUAAUUUUAGGACUUAAUAUGGUGAAAUCUUAAAAUAAUAGACAAUCAAAUAAAAACAUCAGUAUAAUUAUUUAUUGAUAAGAGAAAUAAGUAUACAAACAUUCCAGACCAUAUAGCAAGAAAUAUAUUACAUAUGACACAUUAUAAUUUACCAUAAUUAAUGAAAGAAACAGGUUUUGAUAGAUAAGAAAUUUAUGAAAUAUUUAGUAGAUAUAAAGCUUUACUUAGUUAUGAAUGCUCCUAAAUUCCUGGAUUAACAAAAGAGAGUAAAAUAUUUUAAUUAUUUAUAGUGAUACCAAGUGGUAUCUCUAGAGAAGCUUUUAAUGCUGGAUUAGAAGAAUUAUCUAUGGCUCCCCCAGGAGUUGUAGAUUAAAUUUUUAAAUUUUUUGCAAAAUAGAAUUCUUUAGGUUUUGAAGGAUUUUUAAAAGCUAUAAAUUUAAUUAGAGCCAAAGGAAAUGAAAAUAAGAUAGAACUUAUUUUAAAAGUAAAUUAUAUAUUAUAUCAAAAGUUAAUUGAUGAAAAUGAGAAUGGUUUAUUAUCUUAUGAAGAAAUCAAAAAUAGAUGUAGUUUUAUGAUGGAAGAAAUGCUUAAAGACUCAAAAGGAGAAUUAAGUGUCAAUAAUAUGAUUGAAUAUGUAACUAGAUCAAUUUUUGAUGUCUUUUAUUUAAUUUUAAUUUAAAGGCAGUAAAGAUGAAUUACGACGAAGAAAUUCCGAUUGAUAAGAUUAGAAAACUGAUAGAAAGUAAAACUCAUGAAGCUCAAGUAUUAAUAAUGAUGUGUUGUGGAGAUGUUGAUUAUCUAAAAUGA